UUUGGAAAAUGGCUGUUGGAAACUGUUAUGUCUAGCUAGUAAUAUCUGGUUAUGAAGUAAAGUAACGUGAGUACAGGUUGUCAGUGUUUGUUUAAUUCAAGGGAUGUAGUUAAAGUCCGCUGAAUAUAGCUAACUUAUUUUGUAUACUUAUUCUGCAUACUUUCAGCGAGCUAACGUACCAGCUGAUUCCGCUAGCUAGGUAGCUAACGGUUGAGUAGUAGGUUGACUGGCUAAAAAGCUAGUAUAAAAAACAUAUAUUUUCUCAUUCUGGUAAUGUAUAUUAGGGUACCUAACUUGAAAAUAGUAAAUAUAACCUUACCGCAUGACAGCCGGUAAAGGCAAAUCAAGCAAAACGAAUCAUAAUAGUUAAUCUAACUAGCUAGCUAACAUUACCUUUUAAUGCUUCCCUUGAACUUGGUAAUGUCACCCGCACUUUUCCUCAAAAUUCGAAUUUAUUGAGUUUUGGCAACAUAACGUUAGCUAACUGGCUCUAUGGCUCUUUAUAUCUUUUGAAAUAAAAGUGAAUGUCAUCGUGUGUAUCUAGCUAGCUAGUUUGAGGAUGCUCAAACGCAGCAAAUGGGGAGACAGGGUAAAAAAAGUGGAGUCACUGGCGCUCUCCUUCCAGCACUGUCCGCUGGCAUCCCCCUAUAAACCACGGUUAUCCAAACCAUGGCAGCCGGAGACCUUGUGGAGACUCUUCUCUCGACAAAGUGACGCUCUCGGGUUUGCCAAGUGCUGCAAGGAGGUCGUGCACGUGUUUGCACUAGAGAAGGACCAUGCCAAGACGGGGCAAAGAAUCUUCCUUGUGACCAGCUACACGGAACUCUGGCAUUACUACAAGACAUACAGACACUCCCUAAUGCACUGCUAUGAGGUAAUUCCAGAAGGUGCUGUCUGCAAGCUUUAUUUUGAUCUGGAGUUCCACAAGCCUUCAAACGGGGGCCGGGACGGGAUGCAGAUGGUAGCGUCAUUGAUUCAGUUUGUCUGUGGAAAGCUCGAGGAAGUCUAUGGAGUGAAGUGUUCAGCUAAGGAUGUGCUGAAUUUGGAUUCCACCACGGAGGAGAAAUUUAGCCGCCAUCUCAUAUUUCUCCUCCCCAAUGCUGCCUUCAAGGACAACAUUCAUGUUGGCCAUUUUAUCCAUAAGAUCCUGCAGCCUGCUCUGGACUCAGUCCGGAGGAGGAGGGGCGGUGGUCAGGGGUCAGAUGACACAGGCAUUACCAAUGUCGCCCUGGGAACCACCACUGACCCGCUGUUAUCAUUUGACCAUACACAAGAAGUGGGUGGGGAACUGCUGGGGCCUCCAAUGGCCAAGAGGCAGAGGCAUGGAGAGGACGACCUCCAAUUCCUGUUGGUUAAAGACAAAGAGGGCCAUGACCAACUCUUUGUAGACCUUGGCGUCUACACCAAGAACAGGAAUUUCCGCCUCUAUAAAUCCUUAAAAGCUGGGAAGAAUACUGCGUUCACUGUGGCAGAGGAUAAUGAGUUCGACACACGACCAGACAGACAUGUAUCUGCAGAGGAGAGUGUAUUUCUAGCCUCCUUAGUCAGUAAUGUGAGUUUCACAGGCCAGAAGAUUCUUACAUCAGAUGUCCCUGUGACAAAGGAGGCCAAACAGAUUCUGUGCCCCGUCCCAAACCCCUCAGAUACUGUUAGAGGGUGCCAACCCUCUCCUUACAAAGAAGUAGAUGAUUUUGUCCUGUCUUUGGUGACCAGAGGGGAUGUUCAUGGAGGUGUAAGGCGGUGGAGCCUGUUUGUGUCCGAGCAGCUCCUGGUGUACGAUAUCCUGAGGUACCGCUGGUGUCAGAACGUUGGGAGACAUCACAAGAGCAACAACAUCAUGAUCAUGGUGGAUCUGAAAGAGGAGAUUUGGUAUCAGAAGUGUCAUGACCCCGUCUGCAGAAGUGUGAACUACAGAUCCCCAAAUCUCCCCCUGCCACAGGAGGUCUGUAUCAGCCACUUCAUGAAAGAGGAUGAGGUAGAGGAGGGGUAUGAGAUGGAUGAAGAGGGAACUAUUGAGCCCAGAGAGAGGUCGGCCGCAGCAGCUAACCCCACGUGGACACAUGGCCAAGGGGAGGGGCCUGAGCGCGAGGAUGAUUGGCAGGAUGACCACGCCUACCUGCAGGCCCUUGAGGAUGCAGAGAGGGGCGUCCUGCUGGAGGGGCUUGGCCCCGCCCCUCAGUGCCAUGGCGAUGACCUUCCAGAUGACCUUCUGCUCCAAACUCUGGCAGAGUUUGAGACAUCUGGAGACCAGAUAUGCACAUCCACCGAUUUGUCUUAGAUUUAGCACAGUAUAUCUGAGACAAGCACCUUAGCUGUAGAUCACCUGUACCUUGCAUAUCCAGUAACUCAGCUGCACCAGGUCUAUGCUUCCAUAUACACUCACUGAGCACUUUAUUAGGUAUUUAUUAGACUUAUUUUUUAAGUCUAUGUUUUAUAAAUCUUCUGCUGCUGUAGCCUAUCCACUUAAGUGGUUUGACGUGUGUUGUCUUCAUACCACUGUUGUAAUGUGUGGUUAUUUGCGUUACUGUCAACUUCCUGUCAGCUUUGACCAGUCUGGCCCUUCUCCACUGAAUUAGCAAGGCUUUUUGCCUGCAGAACAGCUGCUCACUGGAUUUUUGUAGUUUUUCGCACCAUUCUCUGCAAACGCUAGACACAUUUGUGUGUGAAAAUCCCAGGAGAUCAGCACUUUCUGAGAUAUUCCAACCACCCCCUCUGGCACCAUUCCACGGUCAAAGUCAAUUAAAUCACAUUUCUUCCCCAUUCUGACAUUUGAUCAGAAAAACAGCUGAACCUCUUGACAAUGUCUGCAUGCUUUUAUGCAUUUAGUUGCUGCCACAUGAUUGGCUGAUGAAAUCAUAACAUUAACAAGCUGGUGUUCAGGUCUACCUAAUAAAGUGCUCAGUGAGUGUAUAAUAUGCUAUGUUAUAAUAUGCUAUGCUUUCUUACCUCCUACUGACCUUAGCUGUAGGUCAGGUUUCCACUGGACUUAGUUGUAGGUCAGGUAAACCUGAGCUGAGCCUGAUGUUAUUCCAUUGGAGGCCUGGCAGUACUGUAUGUAGGGUAGCCUCUGAUAAUGGUUGGCCACAGGCCCAGGUGGGUCACUGGAAAGUAUUCAGUUAUCCAGUGUGCAAUAUCAGACAGAAAAGUAUCUUCAUCAGUGCUCACUCCAGACUGGUGAACUUGUGCAGUCUUAUGGACAUACCAUUCAUACUACAUACUACCAUGCAUCUGACCUACAUGUAAUCAUUCCGAGAGCAUUUGGAGGUGGCCUACCCCAAAACAGGAAGGGCAACCACCAGUAUUUCCUCCUCCACACACAGGCCCGUGAAAGUAUACAUGGUGGAUGACCCCUCUCCUUAACUUGUAUACAAGGAUACUUCUCUGAGAAGAGCAUUUGGAGUCCUGUAGGGUGAUGCAAUAUUGCUCAUUUACCAGAGACCAAAUGUGUGCUUCAGAACCAAAGUAGGGCUAGCCAGAGUUUCUGAAGUGAAGUGCACUCCUGAGCAAUUUGCAGUUGGCAAUGGAAAUGUAUUGAAUAUGUACACAAGUAUUUAUACAAGUUUAAAUGUAUACUUCCAUAAAAAGUGUUUAGUUUUCAUGACUGCCGUGAUAGUGUUGAUGCAGCUGUUUUAUGGUUUUAAAAGAAUGACGAUCAUAUGCUAACAUUUGCCAGCUCAACUGUUUGAAAUGUUAAAAAUGUGUUGAAAUAUCCAAUAAGAUAAUGGAUGUUUCACUCUGUCUUGCAAUUUUUUUUCACACAUCGGAAAACACAAUAUUGUAUUUUCUGACAAGUGCAUGAAUACAAAUAGGAAUAAUUAGGCAGGACAAAAAGUGAGAAACACACAAAACAGUGUUUAUUUGGUACUGUUGACAUUUUUUGAAAUAUAUGCAUCUGUUAUCUGUACAAAACAUGUACAAAGCCCAAAAACAUUAAAGCAAGCUUUGAAAA